AUGAGUUUCACGGUGGAACAUCACUACUUCGGGCCGACCUCGUACCGCAAGGCUCGGCCUGCCUCCGUGUCUUCCAGCGGCUUUCACUCCCAGCGCCGCCGCCUCACUUACAGCCAGCCGUCCUCCGCCGACAGCCUGGAGACCUUCAACGGUGAUAUGACGCGGAGGAGCGAGAAAGAGAUUCUGCAGGCUCUGAACGACCGGUUCGCCGGCUACAUCGACAAGGUGCGGAACCUAGAGAUGCACAACCGCAACCUGGAGGCGGAAGCGGCAGCGCUGCGACAGAGCCAGGCCGGACGCGCCUCGGUUGGGGAGCACUACGAGCGAGAGCUGGGUGACCUGAGGGGUCUCCUGCAGCAGCUGACCGGGGAGAAGGCCCGCGCGUCUCUAGAGCACGAGCACCUAGAGGAGGACAUCCAGCACCUGCGCGUCAGGCUGGAGGACGAGGCGCGGAACAGGGAGGAGUUGGAGGCUGCCGCUCGCGCCAUGAAAAAGUAUGUGGAGGAGUGCCGGCUGGCGCGGCUGGAGCUGGACAAGAAGCACCGUGCCCUGGAGGAGGAGGCCGCUUUUCUGAAGAAGAACCACGAGGAAGAAGUGGCGGAGCUCCUCGCGCAGAUUCAGAGCUCGGACGUGAGCUUCGACUUGCGAGAGGCGCUCAAGGUGGACGUCACCAGCGCACUGCGAGAGAUCCGCGCGCAGCUGGAUAGUCACGCAUCCAAGAGCGCGACGCAUGCAGAGGAAUGGUUCAAAGUCCGUAUGGAGCGUCUGUCUGACGCUGCUAGGUCUAACCAGGAUGCAAUUCGUGGGUCCCAGGAAGAGAUUGCGGAGUACCGCCGUCAGCUCCAGAGCCGUACCAUUGAGCUGGAGACUCUCCGAGGAACCAAGGAGUCACUGGAGAGGCAGCGUAUAGAGAGCGAAGACAGACACCAUGAUGACCUCAACUCGCUACAGGAGACCAUCAAUCAACUGGAUAAUGAGCUGAAAACCACCAAAUGGGAGAUGGCCAGCCAGCUGAAGGACUACCAGGACCUGCUGAAUGUGAAGAUGGCUCUAGAUAUUGAGAUAGCUGCUUAUAGGAAAUUACUGGAGGGAGAGGAGAACCGCUUUUUGUCAGGAGGAGGUCCGUAUGCCUACCUGGAAAGCAGAAUCUCUGCCCACCUGAAGGUGAAAGGAGAGGAGAUCUCAGAUACAGUCAUUGUGGAGGAACAGACAGAUGAGACCCAGGUGACAGAAGUGACAGAGGAGGCAGAUGAGGAGGAAAAGAAGGAGGAGGAGACAGGAGAGGAAGAAGACGAAGGUGAGGAAACCAAAGAAGAGGAAGGAGAAGGUGAGGAGGGAGAGGAAAAGGAGGAGGAAGGAGAGGGAGAGGAAGAGAAAGAGGAGGAAAAGGGAGAGGAGGAAAAAGAAGAGGAAAAAGAGGAGGAAGGGGAGGAGAAGGAACAGGAAGAGGAGGCAGGCAAGGAAGAAGAGAAGUCAGAAUCUCCAGAAAAGGCUGAAUCUCCGCCUUCAAAGUCCCCUCAACCUAAAUCUCCUGCUGUCAAAUCACCAGAAUCUAAAUCUCCACAAAAAUCACCUGAAUCUAAAUCACCAGCAGCCAAAUCCCCUGCAGGAGAUGAGUCAAAGUCACCUGCACCAAAGUCACCUGUGUCAAAAUCCCCACCCAGCAAAUCACCUGAAUCUAAAUCUCCUCCCGCCAAGACCCCUGAAGCAAAGUCUCCAGAGAAAGAGAAGGCCAAGCCUGCCGCUGACAAAGACACCCCUAAAGAGGAGAAAAAAGAGGAGAAGCCUCAGCCUGUCAAGGAGGAAAAGAAGGAGAAAGAACAGCCUGUGAAGGAGGAGAAGAAACAGGAGCCCAAGGAAAAAGAGCCCGAGAGCAAAGCAGAGAAGGCAGAUAAGCCUGAUACAAAGAAAGAGAGCAAAGCAGAAGAAGCACCGAAGAAGGAUGAAGCUUCAAAACCUGCUGCUCCCAGCAAGCCGGCAGAGGACAAACCUGCCCCCAAGUCCGAGGCUAAAGAGAGCGCUCCCCCUGCUAAGGAGGAGAAACCCUCUGCUCCUAAAUCAGAGAAGACCGAGCCUGAGGCAAAGCCCACCCCUAAAGCAGAGCCCGAGAAAACAGAGGCCAAGAAGGAGGAGAAGAAGCCGGAGGAGAAGCCUGCACCCAAAGCAGAGCCCGAAAAAACAGAGAGCAAGAAAGAGGUGAAGAAGCCAGAGGAGAAAAAGGAGACUGGUAAAGAAGAGGGCAAGGAGGUUAAGGAAGCAGGGAAGGCAGAGAAAGCAGAGAAAUCUUCUGGCACUGAGUCAAAGGAGAGCAAGGAGGAGAAGGCCAAGAAGUAAGCCUGAAAAGCUGUGCUUCAGGGCAAGAGUG